AUGGCUAACCGGACCGUCAAAGAUGCCCAUACCCUUCAUGGUACUAAUCCGCAGUAUUUGGUAGAAAAAAUCAUAAGGAGCCGAAUAUAUGAGUGCCAGUUUUGGAAAGAGCACUGUUUUGCUCUAACAUCCGAGCUCCUUGUUGAUAAGGCUGUAGAGUUGAAGUACAUUGGGGGCACAUACGGAGGUCUAACCAAACCGACUCCUUUUAUCUGUCUUGUUUUGAAGAUGCUCCAAAUUCAGCCCGACAAAGAUAUUGUCAUCGAGUUUAUUAAGCAAGAAGACUACAAAUAUGCAAGAGCACUUGGUGCAUUUUACCUGCGCCUUGUGGGGGAAUCGGUGGAAAUAUACAAGUAUUUGGAAGCUCUUUAUAAUGACUUCCGCAAAUUAAAACAGCAAGACACCACGGGCAAAUUCUCUAUAGUGCGCAUGGAUGAAUUCAUUGACCAACUCCUUAACGAAGAACGGGUGUGUGAUGUCAUCUUGCCACGGCUUCAAAAACGCUCUGUUCUCGAGGAUAAUAAUGCCCUUGAGCCGCGCCAGUCAAUUCUUGAUGAGGAUUUGGAGGACAUCAACAUCAACGAGGAACUUGAAGCCUCGCAGGAGAUUGACCAGCAGGAAGACAAGGAACGAAGGGAUCAGAAACGUGAAAGACAUCGCGACCAGGAGGAUGAGGAGGAGAGCAGGCGACAUCGUAAACACCGUCAUCGUGAAGAGCUGCCCUAUCGCAAUCACGAUCGCGAUCAUGACUACGAUAGACGACGUGAGCGAGACGAGAGGGAUAAACGGGAUAGACGACGACGAAGUCGAAGUCGUUCACGGGAUCGGCGGCGUGGUGACCGAGAGGACUCUUCAGACCGCAAACGUAGUGGCAAGGAUCGUGAUAGGGCUCACCGUCACUGA